AUUGUCCUUAACUGGAGCUCUACAUGGUUUGAGCGGGUCAGCAUGCUGGUGAUUCUGCUCAACUGCGUCACACUCGGCAUGUUUCAGCCCUGCCAAGACCUGGAGUGCCACACGGACCGCUGCAGCAUCCUGCAGGCGUUCGAUGACUUCAUCUUUGCAUUUUUCGCUGUGGAGAUGGUGGUUAAAAUGGUGGCCUUGGGAGUGUUCGGUCCCAAAUGUUACCUUGGAGACACCUGGAACCGCCUUGACCUGUUUAUCGUCAUGGCCGGGAUGCUGGAGUACUCUUUAGAUGGCCAUAAUGUUAGUUUCUCAGCCAUCCGAACCGUCCGUGUUCUCAGACCUUUACGAGCCAUCAACAGAGUUCCCAGUAUGCGGAUUCUGGUGACAUUGCUGUUGGACACUUUGCCGAUGCUGGGAAACGUCUUGCUGCUUUGUUUCUUUGUGUUCUUCAUCUUCGGGAUUGUAGGUGUGCAGCUUUGGGCCGGGCUUCUCCGCAACCGCUGUUUCUUUGACAACAACAUCAGAAUGCUAUAUAAUGUUUCGGGGUCUGUGAGUGAAUAUUACAGAGUAGAUGAAACGGAUGACAUCCCCUUCAUCUGCUCCACCAACCGGGAGAACGGGAUGCUGCGCUGCUCCAAUGUCCCGAAACGCAGAGUCGCAGGAGCCGAUUGUGAACUCACUGCUGAUAAUGUCACAGAGCUUGUUUUCAAAGAGGCUCCUCAUCACGGAUGUGUGAACUGGAACUUGUAUUACAACACCUGCAAUGCCAGCGAACACAAUCCACAUAAUGGAGCCAUUAACUUUGACAACAUUGGAUAUGCUUGGAUUGCAAUCUUUCAGGUCAUCACGUUAGAGGGAUGGGCGGAUAUCAUGUAUUAUGUCAUGGAUGCUCAUUCCUUUUACAACUUCAUCUAUUUCAUCUUCCUUAUCAUCGUAGGCUCCUUCUUCAUGAUCAAUCUGUGCCUGGUUGUCAUCGCCACACAGUUCUCCGAGACCAAACAACGUGAGAACCAGCUGAUGCAGGAGCAGCGCGCUCGAUUUCGCAGUAACGAAUCCACCUUAGCCAGCUUAGCCGAACCCGGAUCCUGCUACGAAGAAAUGCUCAAAUACCUCGCCCACGUUUGCCGCAAACUCUGGCGUCAUGUCGUACGCAUCUAUGGGGAUUUAUGUCCCAAGAGGCGAAAGGGCGUGGCUAACCCUGGCACCUCCCUCUCUGUGGGCGGGACUAAUGGAUAUUGGAGCGAUAAUGGGACGAAGAUGGGUCCGACUCAGUAUUGUAUGCUGCACUAUCAUCACCCUCAUCAGCAUUACAUAAGCAACGGCAUAGAAAUGAAAACACUUCAACUAGAUAGAGACGCUCAUAUUGCAAAAAAGACGCCAUCUCUCCCACUUGCACUACAGAAUUUAAAGGGCUUGAGGCUCGGGAUGAACUAUCCCACCAUCCUGCCCUCCAAAAUGUACACAAAUUCACAUGCUCGUGGAGUAAAAGCUCCAGCUUUCCAUCAUGGAAUUUACGGCAGGAAGAUCUCUGUUUGUGGUGGAUAUCAUGACACUUACAAGCUGCAGCACGGUGUGUAUCCUGGCACGUGUUCGAGUGUGUGUGUGGACAGCAGGGUGGGCCUGGUGUCUUCCCAAUCGUCCUCCUGCCCAAUUUGCGCCCAGGAAGGUGAUGGUGUUAAUUGUGACUCCAACGGUGAAUCAGACCCUGAGAAACAAGGGCCAGACGUGGGCUCCGAGCAGAGAAAAACAAACCUGGACGCGGAAGAAAAGGUGUCUGAGAAGAGAAAUUGUGUAUGCAUGUGUGUUCAUUAUGCCAGAGCCGUUCUGAAGCGGAUUGUGGACAGCAAGUACUUCAACAGAGGGAUAAUGAUAGCAAUCCUUAUCAAUACGCUCAGCAUGGGAGUGGAGUACCAUGAACAGCCGGAUGAGCUGACAGACGUGUUGGAGAUCAGUAAUAUUGUCUUCACGAGUUUGUUUGUGUUAGAGAUGCUCCUGAAGCUGUCAGCCUGUGGUCUGUUCGACUACAUCAGCAACCCCUACAACAUCUUUGAUGGGAUCAUCGUCAUCAUCAGUGUUUGUGAGAUCGUUGGACAAGCGGACGGAGGGUUUUCAGUCCUGCGGACGUUUCGUUUGCUCAGGGUGUUGAAGUUGGUGCGGUUUCUCCCUGCUCUGCGCCGGCAGCUGGUGGUGCUUAUGAAGACCAUGGACAACGUGGCCACUUUCUGCAUGCUGCUCAUGCUCUUCAUCUUCAUCUUCAGUAUUUUGGGAAUGCAUCUGUUUGGGUGUAAGUUUACUCUGCGUUUGGAGAAUGGAGACACGGUGUCGGAUAGGAAGAACUUUGACUCGCUCCUCUGGGCCAUCGUCACUGUUUUUCAGAUUUUGACGCAGGAGGACUGGAAUGUGGUUCUGUAUAACGGCAUGGCCUCCACAUCCCCAUAUGCAGCUCUAUAUUUUGUGGCCUUGAUGACAUUUGGGAAUUACGUCCUCUUCAAUUUACUGGUUGCCAUCUUAGUAGAGGGUUUCCAAGCAGAGGGCGAUGCUAGCAGAUCAGACACCGAUGAUGACAUGUCGUCUGACUACGGUGAUGAGGACAAACUGAGGGAACUGCUGAACUCAGGUACAGAGAUGAAAAUGCAGACAUUAAUGCCCAUCUCUAACGGACACCUGGAGCCUCGGGCAUCAAUGCCACCUAAUAACACACACGUCCAGUUUAACAGCACGCCCAGAACUGAGGUUUCUCACAUCUACAGUCAGUCACGGCGCAACAGCAACACCUCCACCGAACUCCAUGACCAGAGAUCCCUGUCCAGUCUGUGGGGAAGUCGUCGCUCGAGUUGGAACAGUCUUGGCCAUGCCCCCAAUCUGCUGCGACGAGCUCAAUCUGGGGAGCGAGAGUCCCUGCUGUCAGGACCUGGACGGGACAGCAUAGAUGACAACCUAUCAGAGGAUGAGAAAUCCAGUCUGGGCGGAGUUUCGUGUCUAGGGUCCUUUGAUUUUCCAGAGCUCCUGCAAGUUCCGCGCCCAUAUUUGGAGUGUAAUGGCAGAUUAGAUGGAGGUUAUAAUUCCUCUCCGAACAUUACACACCCUGAGCCAACAUCAACACAAGGCGCAGAAGAUGAUGAAUUUGAGGAGAGCUGGUGUCUCAUUCUGAAGAGACUGCUGGAGCCGUAUAAACCCCAGUGGUGCAGAGACCAUGAGGACUGGUCACUUUACUUAUUUGCCCCUCAGAAUAACUUCCGCAUGCGCUGUCAGAAGGUCAUCACUCAUAAGAUGUUUGAUCAUAUUGUGCUGUUCUUCAUCUUUUUCAACUGCAUCACAAUCGCUCUGGAGAGACCUGACAUCCAACCCGAUAGCACUGAGCGCAUUUUCCUUAAAGUCUCCAACUACAUCUUUACUGUGAUCUUUGUGGCUGAAAUGACCGUGAAGGUGGUUUCUCUUGGGCUGUAUGCCGGUCCAGGCUCGUACCUGAAGAGCAGCUGGAAUGUUCUGGAUGGUUUUCUGGUGUUUGUGUCUAUCGUGGAUAUUCUGGUCUCUCUUGCCUCCUCUGGCGGGAACAGGAUUCUGGGCAUCUUGCGAGUUCUUCGGCUGCUAAGAACACUCCGACCCUUGAGGGUCAUAAGCAGAGCUCCUGGACUGAAGCUGGUUGUUGAAACAUUGAUCACGUCUCUCAGACCUAUUGGGAAUAUUGUGUUGAUCUGUUGUGCUUUCUUCAUUGUCUUUGGCAUUCUGGGAGUUCAGCUCUUUAAGGGGAAGUUUUAUCAUUGUGAAGGCUUUGACACUAGAAAUAUCACCAAUAAAUCAGAGUGCCUGCAGGCUAAAUACAAAUGGAUCCGUCGGAAGUACAACUUUGAUAACCUGGGUCAGGCGCUGAUGUCGUUAUUCGUCCUAUCAUCUAAAGACGGCUGGGUCAACAUCAUGUACGAUGGAUUAGAUGCCGUAGCUGUGGACCAACAGCCCAUACGCAAUCAUAAUCCCUGGAUGCUUCUGUACUUCAUCUCCUUCCUGCUGAUCGUCAGCUUCUUUGUGCUGAACAUGUUUGUUGGCGUGGUGGUGGAGAACUUCCACAAGUGUAGACAAGAUCAGGAGGAAGAGGAAGCCAGACGGAGAGAGGAGAAAAGACAGAAGCGCAUGGAGAAGAAACGCAGGAAGGCCCUGCAGAGACCGUACUAUGCAGACUACUCUCCAACACGCCUCUAUAUUCACACACUCUGCACCAGUCAUUAUCUGGACCUCUUCAUCACCAUCAUCAUCGCCAUUAAUGUACUCACAAUGUCAAUGGAGCACUACAGACAGCCCAAGUAUCUGGAUGAAGGUCUGAAGUACUGCAACUAUUUCUUCACACUGGUCUUUGUGAUCGAGGCAGCACUCAAACUGGUUGCCUUUGGCUUCAGGAGGUUUUUCAAAGAGAGGUGGAAUCAGUUAGACUUGGCCAUUGUUCUUCUCUCCAUCAUGGGCAUCACGCUUGAGGAAAUUGACCUGAAUGCUUCUCUACCCAUCAACCCGACCAUCAUCCGCAUCAUGAGGGUGCUGCGGAUCGCCAGAGUGUUGAAGCUCUUGAAGAUGGCCACAGGAAUGAGAGCACUUCUGGAUACAGUAGUUCAAGCUUUACCGCAGGUUGGUAAUCUGGGUCUGCUCUUUAUGCUGCUGUUCUUCAUCUAUGCGGCACUGGGAGUCGAACUCUUCGGCAAACUUGAUUGCACUGAGGAGAACCCCUGUGAGGGUUUGAGCAGACAUGCCACAUUUCAGAACUUCGGCAUGGCUUUCCUUACUCUCUUCCGUGUUUCCACCGGAGACAACUGGAACGGCAUCAUGAAGGAUACCCUGCGGGAAUGUAAAAAUGACAAAUGUCUGAGCUAUCUCCCGCUUUUGUCGCCUCUGUACUUCGUGACGUUUGUGCUGAUGGCUCAGUUUGUGCUGGUGAAUGUGGUGGUCGCUGUGCUCAUGAAACAUUUGGAGGAGAGUAAUAUAGACGCCCGCGAGGAGGCGGAGAUGGAUGCAGAGUUGAAGCUGGAGCUUGAGGCAGGCCGCAGACAAAGCACCGCCUCUGUGGGAGGAGCCGCAGGGCUUGAGGGAACAGAUGCUAAAAUAGAGACACUCUCACAUGAUCAGGGAAAAGAUCCCAAUUAUGGCAACUUCCUGACUGUCGGGAGGCCGUCUAUAUCACGCAUGCUGUCCUUACCAAAUGACAGCUACAUGCUGUAUCCUAUUAAGCCGCUAUAUGGGUCCAUUCAUGAGAGAUCCUCCAAACAGGACUGUACACUGCCAGGCUCGUCUCUGUCUCUCGGCACACAGCCCAGUGAAGACAGUGCAGUAAUGCAGGUUCCUGGAGCUGCGUCUCAGACAAGCCUGGCCUCUGUUCCCGCUCCUCGUCCUCUAAAUCAAAGAGCAAGAACUAGCAAUGCCUUCAGAGGCCUGCGGAGACAGCAAGCAAUAAAGAGCGAUUCCAUUGACUCCACCUACGCUGACUCCAGAGACGCCUUACAAAUCCCCAGCAAGCCCUGCUCAAGCGAUAAUCUUCAUCUCAAAGUCCCCAGCGUUCCCAUCGGCGGCAGAUCAGCCCCCUGUUCACCCCAGACCUCCCCUCCUCCUCCCCUCCGCAACCGGACCGCCAGCGUACAAACAAACAGACAUGUGUACAGCCAGCGCAGCAUCCCCUGCCGACAAACUGCCAUCAAACCACAUCCAGAUGCGGCUGUCCGACUCAACACCAACAGAAGAGCGUCCCGCCACAGUUUGUCCCCUCACCACCCAUCCCUCUCUUCCGACACCCAGUCUCAGGAUUCAUUGCAUGUUGGAGCGCCCCGCCAUCAGGAUACUAGUCUACGGAAGUACAACAGCAUGGAAAACAAUGGCUUCCUAUCUCAACCCCAAAUCCCACGACGACACUCGACGCACGGAGAGGAGUUACGUCUUCAACAGGAUCCAUCAUCAUCAUCAUCAUCAUCAUCCCAUACGCCCAAAAAGGAUAAAAUGAGUCCGCCGUGCAUCUCCAUUGAGCCUCCCGCUGAAUCUGAGGUUGUCAGUCAGGAGUGCUCCUCAGUCCUGCGGCGACGGACUCCAUCAUUUGACUCGGCUCUUCCACGUGAGUCCUUAGAUCUUCCGGACGUCCAGGACGAGCCUCAUUUGCCUAGUCGUUUGCCCCUCCCACAGUUCUCCUUUGACCAAUCGGAUGUUAGUUCCCUGAGCAGCCUGUCAGAGCUGCUUUCGGAUAGUGACCAGUCCACGCACUCGAUUGCCCACGAGAGCCGCUCUGGGUUUGCGGGAGACGCAGCGCACAGUCCACUCAGGAAGAAGGUCUUGGUCAGAAUGGCCAGCACUAGGGAUCCGGGAAAUGAUGAUUCGCUUGCCUAGUCGCCCGCUUUCCCGAUCCGCCUCUUUUUUUCUGAUUGGACGAGGGAGGCGUAGGCAAAAGUAUGCAAAUGUGUUUCUGAUGGAACUGAUGUUUCCUUGCCUGAUCAUAUUGAUUGGGGAACUUUUGUUAGUGUUCGUCACGCACAUCGAUAUUUGUGACGUUUUACGUGAAAACUCCAUCACAGAAUCCAUGUUGCAUCGUGGAAUAUAAUUACUGCACACGAUGGCGCAGGUUUAACCCUCAUGUGCUUUGUAAAGCCUGCAGUAUGUCAGAAACAUUUUUUUUUAAAUUAUUAGUGAGUAUCUUCGGCUCAGUUGGCGUUUCUGUGUGGA